AUGCAUUUCAAUUCCCUCGUCACGACUCCUUUCGCUUUGGGACAAUUCGUCGUGGUGGCCGCUGUUUUCCUGGUCAGGACGUUUCACAUGUUUUCCACCGAUACCCCACUCACUGCGAUUCAUCUCGUCCAGGCCGUAACCGUUCUCCUUGGCGCCUUUGCCGCCACCGUAUACUUUGAAGAAAAGUCUCACGCCGCUUUCUGUCAAAUCAAGUAUCUCAGAGAAGAGCUUGAGGAUACCCAAGCUAAGCAUUCCUCAGUCGUAGAUGAUCUCAACAAGACUGCCGAAAGGAAACUUGCCAAUAUCGAAAUGAACCUCUACUACACAAGGAAUGGUCUCGAAGAUGCCAAAACUGUGCUUGAGCAGACUCGAAAGAUAGCCCCCGCCCACUUCGAAUUCCGCGAAGCACUCGCCAAAGAGCUGACCCAAACGCGGGCCCAGCGCGACUGGGCAGCAGGCAGCACGAGAUACUGCAUGGAUAUGCUAAAGGAAGCGAGACGCAAAGCCUCCUCCCAGGAACUCGUAGCCUGGGAAAUGCAGAACCAAAUCAAGUUCAAGGCUAACGAGCUCCGCGACAUGACGCUUUCACUGGAAAACAUCAAGAAAGAGUUGGCGCUUGCGAACAAGUUUAGCCAGGAGGCGCAAGACGAGAUUGACGAACAGCAUGUGAAGAUCGAGGAACACGAAAAGCUGAUCGAGAAAAAAGAAAAAAUGAUCUUAGGUUUGUUGGAGCAGAUAAGAGGUCGUAACCUGGGAUUCAGUCGCAUGCAUUCCACGAUCGAACGCUCCAACUCAUGUGCGGAUUCGGUUAUCACGAAACUGGAAAACAUGAAUCGAGACCUCACCAGAGAAGUCGAGUAUUGGCGCGGUAUGAGCCAACAUUGGUCCUCGAAUAAUGCCAAUACGAUUCAUGCCAUGGGAUCCGAAAUUAACGAAGUGAGGGGUGAGCUCGCAGAGCUUGAUGCUGAGAACGAACGUCUUACUAGAGACCUCAAGGCUAUGGUGGAUCGUGUUGAGAACUUCGACAAGGAGCGAGAGGCUACGACCAACCGGAUUGAGCAGCUUGAAUGGGGAGUUGUCAAUCCUGAGGUCGCUAAGAAAGAAGAAAAGAGCUUUACAGAAGAAGUGGAUGACAAUUCUACAAGGGAUGAAGGGGAUGAGAAGGAAAGUCCCUCCUGGUUCCUCGACGGAGACAGCGAAGACGAUGGUACAGCAUAUGAGCUUGAUAAAGGUAGUGAGGAAGAUGAGUCAGAGUAG